CUCCGCCUGUGCGCGGCCUCCUCGGCGCAGCCAUCCUCGCGGCUGCCGAGGGCGGCAAAGCCCACGGCAUCUGCCAUUUGUCACUCAGCCUGUCGGGACCGCCCCGAGCCCUGAUUUAGACCCGUCUGGGGCGUCUUCUGGCCUCACUCGCCCGGCGGGCGGACGGACGGACGGACGGGGCGGCUCUCCUCCCUGCCCGGCGGACAGCGGGCCUGGGCGCGCGGGGCGCUUCCCCGGUUGCCGUCAUGGCCGCGGAGGCGGCACGCCCGAGCGGCCGCGCCUGAGUUCCGGGGGGCUCUGGACCCCGCAGGUUGUACAGCAGUAUAUCUAGAUGCGGACAUUUCCUUUAUCCUGGAUUUAGUGUUUCCUGUCUAAAAGGUUGUUGCCACCUGACAACACCGUCACCAUUGACUUUGAUUGUUCUCAUGUCUGAUGUGGCCUCUGUUUCAUGUCACAUCUAAAACGCCUCUGUGCCUCAAGCCUAGAAAGGUAUUUGCAUAGGAAUCAGAGGCAUUAAUCUUAAAGCAGGGGAAAACUUAAAGGUUUUUCUAAUCCAGUUGCAAGUAGGACAAAGGAUAUGAUAUAAAUACUUAAAGAUCCUCUUGGACAAGAAUAUUUGAAUCCUCAAGAACACUUCUGGGAGGACUCUGUGACCAGGAGCGCCUUGCAGCUGUUUCCUGUCACCGAACAGUCUGGUGACCCGGGACAUGUCCCAGCUCUAGUGAUGCAGAUUACCUUUCUGUUCCUGGAAUCUCAUCUGUGCCUCAGACUUUCUUCUCUCAGCUUGAGACUGCAUAGAAAUUGGGAUGUGGGAAAGCAGGAAGCCGAGCUAGUGGUCACUGAGAGGCCCGUGUGUGUGUAGAAGCAGGCCCAGAACCACGACGCUGCCUCUCCCCUGGAGUUAAGCUGCCCUGGCUCUGCUGAUGCGCUCAGCACCAUCCUUGCAUUUGUGCUUAAAUGGCACAGCUCUUGGUCAGCGCAUCUGAAAAGGAAAGUGUGAGAAGCAAAGCCCAUGGCCACCUACCCCUGCCAAUUAUGUGGCAAGACGUUCCUCACCCUGGAGAAGUUCACUAUCCACAAUUAUUCCCACUCCAGGGAGCGACCUUUCAAGUGCUUGCAGCCAGACUGUGGCAAAGCCUUCAUUUCCAGAUAUAAAUUAAUGAGGCACAUGGCGACCCAUUCACCCCAGAAAUCUCACCAGUGUGCGCACUGUGAGAAGACCUUCAACCGGAAAGACCACCUGAAGAACCACCUCCAAACCCAUGACCCCAACAAAAUGGCCUUUGGGUGCGAGGAGUGUGGAAAGAAGUACAACACCAUGCUGGGCUACAAGAGGCACCUGGCCCUGCACGCGGCCAGCAGCGGCGACCUCACCUGCGGGGUCUGCGCCCUGGAAUUAGGGAGCACAGAGGUGCUGCUCAACCACCUCAAGGCCCACGCAGAGGAAAAGCCCCCUAGUGGAACCAAGGAAAAGAAGCACCAGUGCGACCACUGCGAGAGAUGCUUCUACACCCGGAAAGACGUGCGGCGCCACCUGGUGGUCCACACAGGCUGCAAGGACUUCCUGUGCCAGUUUUGUGCCCAGAGAUUUGGGCGCAAAGACCACCUCACCCGACAUACCAAGAAGACGCACUCGCAGGAGCUGAUGAAAGAGAGUCUGCAGCCUGGAGACCUUCUGAGCACCUUACAUGCCAUCUCUCCCCAGUUCCAGCUGAAGGCUGCCACCACACUGUCUCCUUUCCCGUUAGGAGCGCCCGUACAGAAUGGGCUUGCAAGUAGCUUGCCAGCUGAGGUACAUGUCCACCCCCUCAAUCCUGCAGAGCAACCCCCUCAACCCAUACAGCCGCUGCCAGAGCCCCUUCCCCCCAUGCACCCUGUAGCACCUCCUAACUCCCCUCCUUCAGCUCUCCAGAAUCACAAGUACAACACCGGUUCUACCUCAUACCCCCCACUUGCAAGCCUGCCCCUCAAAACGGAAACUAAAGGAUUUUGCAAUAUUAAUUUGCUUGAGGACUUGCCUCUGCAAGAGCCUCAGUCACCUCACAAGCUCAGCCCAGGUUUUGACCUGGUUAAGGGAAGUGCUGGUAAAAUAAACCUGCCCAAGGAGCUCCCUGCAGAUGCUGUGAACCUAACAAUACCUGCCUCUUUGGACAUUUCCCCUCUGUUGGGCUUCUGGCAGCUGCCCCCUGCUUCCCAAAAUGCUUUUGGGAAUAGCACUCUCACCCUGGGGCCUGGGGAGUCUCUGCCCCAUAGGUUAAGCUGCCUGGGGCAGCAGCAACAAGACCCCUCACUAGCCAUGAGCACUAUGAGCCUGGGCCAGCUCGCCCUGCCUCCCAUCCCUCAUGUGUUCUCAGCUGGCACUGGUCCGGCUAUCCUGCCUCAUUUCCAUCAUGCAUUCAGAUGACUGCUUUGUAAGGCAUACGUAUUCUGGAAGAUGUUCUUAAGAAGCAUUUUAGCAUCAGUUAUAAUACAAAGAAAGACAUGGAAAACAGGACUGGACUAUGGCUUAUUCAGUAAUGACUGCCUUUGAGAUAAAGUUCUUGAACUGCAUGUAUUGUGCCAAUCUGUCCUGAGUGUUCACGCUUUGUACCAAAUGUAAUAAGCAAGUAUUCUGCAACACAUAUUGUCAUAACCGACAUCCAAAUGAGGGCUGCUAUAUUUAGGUGUUUGUCAUAUUGAAUUUAAUCGUAAGCCAUGAUCAUAAUAAUGUUAACUAAAUAACUUUAUGUGGCACUGCCUAGUAAGGAAUCAUGGAAAAGUCUGGAUUUCUCCAAAAAGGGGACAAUUUUUAAGAUAAGAAAAUAACCUUUAUAUUGCAUCUUAUAACUAGGCUGUGUAUUUCUUUUCAGGGAUUUUUCUACCUUCAGGGUUGGAUGUAGUUUAGUUACUAUUGUCAUAGCCAACCUGUAGUUUUACAGAAACAAUUCCUUGUGGAAUAAUAGACGUCUCCAUUUUAAAAAAGCAUUUUAAAUGUAGUUUGAAUAUUUUCCACAAGAUGCUACAAUGUGAGUUAUCACUUAUUUCAUUUAUCUUAAAGACUAAACUGGUUGUCAGUUACAGCUGACAGAAAAAAAAAAAAAAAAAAAAAAAAAAACACUGUGUAGCCAGGUUAAGUGGUAAAAUAAUCCAGGCGUCAGUCAAGAAAAGCAUUUUGCUGACUUUAAUAUUGAUUAUAUUUUUAACAGGAAUUUAAGAAAAAUAUUACUGGAAUUUAAAAAUAUAUAUAUUAAACAAGAAUUUUCUUUGCUCUGUCUGGCUUAAAAUACUACUCUGCUUUAAGUUCUUAAGUAUUAUUUUUAAUCAAUAAAUAAAUGCAUUUAAGUCAAUAUUAGUUUUUAUUCAAAAAAUAUUUUGCAAUGUAACUAUAAUCUUUUGAAUUUGGUAUCUAAUGAGUUUUAAAAAUAUAAAACCUAACCUUUUUUUUUUUUUAAAGCUUUUGUCUUUUGUGUUUAGAGGCUUUCUAUAUGAAGAUAUAUCUUACAUAUAAUAAACUACAAAUUCUGCA